AUGACGUUAACUCAAUUGGAAGCAAUCGAAUUAUUCGGUAGCGUCAGCGAGGAAGAAAAAUUGCAAUAUUUGAGCAUUUUUGGUGGCGUAGAUAUUAUCAAAGAUGCUUUCGAUAAGCGCCUGCCGCUCUGCCUCGAUAUCAGCGUAAAUAGCAGCAUAACGGCGACGUACAGCGAAAGCAACAACUACGCACUGAGAAUAAGGCGCAGAAGGAAGAUGAUCGAGGGUCAGUGGCAUUACCAGUUCAAAGCGGAGAUUAUUGGCUCUAUUCCUGUCACAGCCAAGUUCAGAGAAAUCGCAGAUUUUACAUCACAUCUACCGCAGAAGGACUAUUUGGAUAACAUCAACGAGAGAGUAUUUUCCGACAAUCUCAAUGAAAGCAUCCAUGCACUUAGAAACAUUCAAUUGCCGAAAAAUGGCGAUCAAAUUGAGUUUCUGGAGAGUCGUGUAAAAGGCAAUCGUCUGAGGAAGGCGCGCGGCGAGAAUAUCGAGGGCUUAAACAGUCAACCGAUAGGUCUCAUUCAACCCCCUAAAUUCUACAGAGCACAGACAUUCAACAACUACCUAUACCAGAGCAGAUACAACCCUGAAAAGACUACAGGUGUUAACAAGGCCACUGGACAGACUUACGAGCGUCUCAUCAGCAAAAAUCGCGCAAAGGUUGACAGUGGUGAUACAAUCACUUGGGAUCAAUAUCCAGCUCCUUCAGCACCUGUUAAGGAGGCGUCCGAGUUUAUAGAUACAUACCCUAGGAAAGAUGUGCUGCAGAGGCUUGAAAACCUUUUCAAAGAGAGGCCAGCGUGGUCGAGAGCAUCGUUACUGAACCAAUUUUCACCUCAGGAUUCGCGAUUUUUAUUGAACCACAAGAUAUCAAUGGCAGCUUACUCAUACACAUUCCAGUCGGGACCAUUUGCAGAUGUUAUGUGUCGAAUUAACUGGGAUCCCAGAUUAGAUAGCGCAAAUCGCAUUUAUCAACGUAUCCAGACUCGUCUGGUAGGGGUGAGGGACCGCAAGCACAGGCAAACAUUUACAAGCCGAGCAAGUACAGGAAACUCCGGUAAAGCUAAUUCAGUUCCGCAAUCAACUCCGGGGACAACAGCACCCGAAACGUCUCAGAUGAAAGAACCAAGCGCAGAAAGCCACAAGUUUGAUGGAAAGAAUGUAACAGAUGCUGCAAACUUCCAGCUAUGUGAUGUGACUGAUGAAGAUUGCUACAAGCUGAUUCAUGAUGAACAAGGCCAUAUCGAGAAUUUUGAUUCAAACACCGGAUUUUACACAGAAGAACAGCUAAAUCUGAUAAGAAGGGUAAUUAAACGUAAGAUGACAGUGCUUAAAGAAGAGAAUCGUCAACUGACUCAAGAGGAACUUGACCAACUGCUUAUUCCGGGAGGCGUUCACGACGAUUCUGACGAGGAGCAGACGACGCAAACACCAGCGGCAUCAAAGAGCACGCGUGAGAAAGCGCAUAACCUUAGGCAGAGCAUAUUAUCCACCAGUGUAAAUUCCAAGUAA